AUGGUCGGCUCCCACGCGGACAUGGCGCCGGCCUCCACCGCCGAGGGCGCCGGGGAGAAGCCGGGCCCCGCCGCGCCGGCCCCGGCCGCCCAGUACGAGUGUGGUGAGUGCGGCAAGUCCUUCCGCUGGUCCUCGCGGCUCCUGCACCACCAGCGCACGCACACGGGCGAGCGGCCCUACAAGUGCCCCGACUGCCCCAAGGCCUUCAAGGGCUCGUCCGCGCUGCUCUACCACCAGCGCGGCCACACGGGCGAGCGGCCCUACCCGUGCCCCGACUGCCCCAAGGCCUUCAAGCGCUCGUCGCUGCUGCAGAUCCACCGCAGCGUGCACACGGGCCUGCGCGCCUUCACCUGCGGCCAGUGCGGCCAGGCCUUCAAGUGGUCGUCGCACUACCAGUACCACCUGCGCCAGCACACGGGCGAGCGGCCCUACCCGUGCCCCGACUGCCCCAAGGCCUUCAAGAACUCGUCCAGCCUGCGGCGCCACCGCCACGUGCACACGGGCGAGCGGCCCUACAGCUGCGGCGUGUGCGGCAAGAGCUUCACGCAGAGCACCAACCUGCGGCAGCACCAGCGCGUGCACACGGGCGAGCGGCCCUUCCGCUGCCCGCUCUGCCCCAAGACCUUCACGCACUCCUCCAACCUGCAGCUGCACCAGCGCACCCACGGGGCCGCCCCCGCCCCGGCGCCCGCGCCCGCCCCCGCACCCCCGCCGCCCAAGGUCUUCCCCGACGCCUACCUGCAGCCGGCCCUGCAGGCGCCCAGCCCGCCCGCGCCCCCGCCGCCCGCGCCCCUGCCCGUGGUGCCCGAGCUCUUCCUGGCCGCGGCCGAGACCACGGUGGAGCUGGUGUACCGCUGCGCCGGCUGCGAGCUGGGCUUCGGCAGCGAGGACCUGCUGCUGGAGCACCAGCCCUGCCCGGGGCCCGAGGCGCCGCCCGCGCCCCCGGACGCGCCCCCGGACACCCCCAAGGCGGCCCCGACGGCGGCAGCCCCGCAGCCGCAGCCCCCUCCCGCCCCCGGCUUCGCCUGCCUGCCCUGCGGGAAGUCCUUCCGCACGGUGGCCGGCCUCUCCCGCCACCAGCACAGCCACGGCGCGGCGGGCGGGCAGGCCUUCCGCUGCGGCAGCUGCGACGGCGCCUUCCCGCAGCUGGCCAGCCUCCUGGCGCACCAGCAGUGCCACGUGGAGGAGGCGGCGGCCGGGCGCCCGCCCCCGCAGGCCGAGGCGGCCGAGGUCACCUGCCCGCAGGAGCCGCUGGCCCCCGCCACGCCCGCCCCGCCGCCGCCCGCCCCGCCGCCCGCGCCCGCCGCCGCCGCCGCCGAGCGGCCCUACAAGUGCGCCGAGUGCGGUAAGGCCUUCAAGGGCUCCUCGGGGCUGCGCUACCACCUGCGGGACCACACGGGCGAGCGGCCCUACCAGUGCGGCGAGUGCGGCAAGGCCUUCAAGCGCUCCUCGCUGCUGGCCAUCCACCAGCGCGUGCACACGGGCCUGCGCGCCUUCACGUGCGGCCAGUGCGGCCUCACCUUCAAGUGGUCGUCGCACUACCAGUACCACCUGCGGCUGCACACGGGCGAGCGGCCCUACGCCUGCGGGGAGUGCGGCAAGGCCUUCCGCAACACGUCGUGCCUGCGGCGCCACCGCCACGUGCACACGGGCGAGCGGCCCCACGCGUGCGGCGUGUGCGGCAAGAGCUUCGCGCAGACCUCCAACCUGCGGCAGCACCAGCGCGUGCACACGGGCGAGCGGCCCUUCCGCUGCCCGCUCUGCCCCAAGACCUUCACGCACUCCUCCAACCUGCUGCUGCACCAGCGCACCCACUCGGCCGAGCGCCCCUUCUCCUGCCCCGUCUGCGGCCGCAGCUUCGUCAUGGCCGCCUACCUGCAGCGGCACCUGAGGACGCACGCCCCGCCGGCCCCCGCCGCGCCCGCCGCCGGCCCCCCGGCGCCCGCCCCGCUGGCCGCCGCCCCGGCCCCGCCGGCCACCCAGGACGUGCACGUGCUCCCCCACCUCCAGGCCACGCUGUCCCUGGAGGUGGCGGGGGGCCCGGGCCAGGCCCCGCCCCUGGGCCCCGCAGCCCCCAACUCGCAGACGUUCCUCCUGGUGCAGACCGCCCAGGGCCUGCAGCUCAUCCCCAGCAGCGUGCAGCCCCCCACGCCCCCGCCCCCGCCCCCGCCCCCCAAGCUCAUCCUGUUGCCCUCCCCCAGUGCGGGGGCCGGGGGUGGCCAGGCGCGGCAGGGCCUGCGGGCGGUGGGGAAGGCCGGGCAGGGGCCUGGAGUAGUCUGGCUGCCCGGCCCCGGGGGGCUGGGGGUGCAGGGAGGGGGCAGCGUGGGGGCUAACGGGGCGGGGCAAAGCCUCAUCCUCUUGCAGAAUGUGGGCGGUGGGGACGGAGGGCCGCCGGAAGUGAGUGGGGUCCAGCUCCAGCCCCUGCGGCCAUCCCCGGAAGUGACCACCGUCCAGCUCCAGCCGGCCCCAGAGGUGACCACCGUCCAGCUCCAGCCGGCGCAGGAGGUGACCGCGGUGCAGCUCCAGCCGGUCGCGGGCCAGCUGUCCAAUCCCGGCGGCGGGGCCGUGCCCACCGAGGCCCCCAACCUGCUGGUGGUCCAGAGUGGGGCCGCCGAGGACUUGCUGGCGGGCCCCGGGCCCGGGGACCCCGGGGAGGGCGAGGCCACCGCGGGGGUGGUGCAGGAUGUGCUCUUCGAGACGCUGCAGACGGACGAGGGCCUGCAGAGCGUCCUGGUGCUGAGCGGGGCGGACGGGGAGCAGACCCAGCUGUGCGUGCAGGAGGUGGAGACCCUGCCCUCGGGGCUGGCCGAGCCGCCCGCCCCCGGGCCUCCCGGGCAGAAGCUGCUCAUCAUCCGCAGCGCCCCGGCCUCCGAGCUGCUGGACCACAGCGGCGUGGGGGGCGGGGCCGCCACGCUGCAGCUGCUGGCCCCGCCGCCGCCCAGCCCCGCCCCGGCCCCCGCCGGCCUCCCCGCGGCUCCCGCCUCCCAGAUGGUGCACGUGGUCCCCUCCGGGGCCGCGCCGGGGGGCAUGGCCGCGCAGGGCCUGCCCUCCAUCCAGAUUGUCCAGACCCUGCCCGCGGUCCAGCUGGUGCACACAUUUUAA